AUGGCGGGCUGGGCGCGGAACGUUCGGUCGCCAGCCGCCAAGGACGGGUGUCAUGGACGCCAGGAAGCUCGUGCACGGGAGGUGUGGCGUCCCCAAGUGGUUGCAGUAGGAAAGGAAGCGGUGCUGAAGCAGGAGAGCCCCAGCCAUCGUUUCAAAAAGCUGCUCAAUCUGACUAAGUACCAAGCCGAAGGUAUCGCAUAUAGGACUGGACCAGGUGGACUGCGCGCUCUAUUGCGGCCUCGGAUCGAAGUUGCCUACUACGCUGACGAAAACCUUGCUCAAAGAGUUGCAAAGGAGGCAGUGGACCAGCUAAAACCGAAGCUGGAGGAAAAGGGCCAGUACAGAUUUGACGAAUUGGAAAAUAUUGCGGACGCUCGUGAUAAGUUUCUCGCCUUCUUGCAGCGGUGCUGGGAGACGUACCAGAAAGUCCCCGAUGGUAUCACACCUUGUGUAGCAAUUAUUCAGAGCUCGGGCUCCGGGAAGAGCCAAUUGCUGUACCAACUCGCGAAGGAGACUUGCCGGCAUGACGUUGGCAUUCGAGUGUUGUACACGUGCACGCGUGUUAUUAAAUCAUGGGAAUUCCCAGCGACAACGUACCGGCUUCGGGAGUGGCUGUUUAGUCAGUACGACAACUUCCUCACCUCGCAUCUGAAACGAAUUUAUUACUAUGCACUGGCAAACUGGUCGACAGUGGGCCACGAAUGGAUUGAAGUGUUCACAAGCGCCAACGCAGACAUUACUAUUGAAGAAAAGCUCAGCAUGAUUAAAGAAUUGAAGAUCCCAGCCAGUCAACCGACCAAGAAGGCCGCUAUCGAAGCUAAUGAGUUCAUUCGCAAGUCGAAUCCAGAGGGUGGCCUUCUCGUGGUGUUCGUGGACAGAGAUUUGGAAGUCGCAGGGUUAACCCCACCUCCAUCAGCAGACGCGCAUCGAAAGGUGCUGCCACCCUUCGCCCUCACUCAUAAUCUGGACGUCUACUGGAAACGUUAUUGCACCGAGUUGGACCUGGCUGACAAUGAGAUUGCUGCGUACAAGCGUGUCGUAGCCCAAGACGAUGAAGGAGAAUCUAUGAAGUCGUUGCUGUCAAUGGGGCUGGCAGAAAACGACAAUAUCGAGUUCCCGUUCCGAGGCCAAUUUGUGGCUGUGAACUUGUUCGUGCAAGCUCUAGGAGGUGGCACACAAGCGCCUUUGUUGAAAUCCACGCUGGCUUCCGCAGCCGAAACAAUCCGAAAAACGACGUUCAAAGCAUGGCAGGCGAAAUGGGAAGGCUGGAAGUGCGGGUUCUGCCACUUUGUGCAGAUGUACGACGAGCCCACUGAAGUUCUUUUGUGGGUUUUGUUGGGCCGACGAGCUGCUGGAAUCUUCUCGGGUGAUGAAGGGGGUGCGGAGCUGCUUGUCCCGAUGUUUAAUGGUGAGAAAGUGUCGUUCAUUUUGAUUCAAGUGGAGGGGGCGAAGGGCAGCCCACUGCAUGGUAAAGCUCUGUGUGAUAUCAUUUGCGUCUACAUGAAUCUGGAGGAUGUCAUGCUAUGGGGAGGAGGGGUAAUGAUCGUGCCCGAUGACGAGCAGCUGGAACAAAUAUCGGGUAUAAUACCAAGUGAGCUGGCGCUGAGGAACAAGUGCAACAUUGCGCCGGUGCCUGAUCAGUCAACGAAGAUUUCUCACCAGUCUCCUACGGGGGUCAACAAGAAACGAGCAGCGGAUGAGGAGCACGAAAACCCGAAGCGUCCAUGCCAGUAA